GCACAGUGUGUAGCUGAGAGUCAAUCAAUGAAUCAAUCAUGUUAGUGUGGGGUUAUAUAAAAGGUUGAGAAGCCCUAUCUCUAACACUUUGCCUUUACCACCUCCCAUGCUUUUUAAGCUUCUCAAUCUCCUUAGCCUUCUGGUAAGCAAUCCCUCCUUUUAAAAUCAUUCCAUUCAAAUCAAGGGCCUUUUAGGAUUUGGGUGUUUUAUUACAGGAACAAAAGAAAAGACAGAAAGUGCCAACAUCAGUCUCAACUCAAAGGAAAAGAAAAAAAUUUAAAAAAAAAAUAAAGAGAAAAAAUUUGCUGCAUCAAGUGGGUUUGGAUUCUUCUCUAGUCUUUGCAGUAUUCCAAGCUUUUUUUUUUUGGCUUUCUAGCCUUUUCCCAUCUUGGUUUCUUUUAAAUUUUUUAUUUUCAAUUUUUUCAUUUACAAUUUGCCACCCCUCCUUCCUUUGUCUGCCAUUGUAAUCAUCACCCUCUGUACACACUAUCAUCUACAACACCCUGCUACUGAUUUUUUCUGUUUAUCUCUCUCUCUCUCUCUCUGUACACAUAUGUACAGAAAAGGUAAGAGUUAUUGGGUUGUGAAGAAGUUUUGAGGAAAACCCAUCUUAUUGUCUGCUCUUUCCAUGUUGGACUGCAUGGUGAAAGCUCUUGAUGUGUUUUAGAGAGAGAGAGACUAGAGAGAGAUAUAUCUGAAUUGGUUCUGCAGAGUUGCUCAGACAAGCAAUCCAUGGCCUAAGAUAGUGACUUGGAGAAUAACCUAUCAUCAUCAUCACCAUCAUCAUCUCUUCACGAGAUUAAUUUUGCUUUUGCAAAACCAAUGAAUGAUGCCUUUCUGUGUCUAUGUCACUGCCACCUGUUCUUCAACAAGGCCAGCUCUGCAGCUUAUUAGUUGUGUCCAAAGCUGGGAUUCUCUAUUUCUGAACUGCCCUUCUUAGUUUGUUCAAAGGUGCAAAGGUGGGUACUUGAAGAAAGUUAUAAACUGGGAGAAGAAUUUAAUACAAAGAGAUCAGAUAUUUGGGGUUUUCUUGUUUUUCUCUGAGGGAGUUUCCAGUCAAAAGCAAUGUUUCCUGCAGCUAUGUCCAAUUCAACUUCUUUGUCUGAAGAAGCCAGUGUUUCUUCUGGUACUAGAGUUCAAGACUUUGGUGGCUUAAAUCCAAUGGUUUCAACUAUUUCUCCACCACAAACACAGAAGAUCAAGAAAAAGAGAAGCCUACCUGGAAACCCAGACCCAGAUGCUGAAGUGAUUGCAUUAUCCCCAAAGACCUUACUAGCCACCAACAGAUUUGUAUGUGAGAUCUGCAACAAGGGGUUUCAAAGGGAUCAAAACCUUCAACUUCACAGGAGAGGCCAUAACCUUCCUUGGAAGCUAAAGCAAAGAAACAGCAAAGAGAUAAGAAAAAGAGCCUAUGUUUGUCCUGAGCCUUCAUGCGUUCACCACCAUCCUUCAAGGGCUCUUGGUGAUCUUACAGGAAUUAAGAAACACUAUUGUAGGAAACACGGAGAGAAGAAGUGGAAGUGUGAGAAAUGCUCAAAGAUCUAUGCAGUUCAAUCAGAUUGGAAGGCUCACUCUAAAACCUGUGGGACAAGAGAAUAUAGAUGUGACUGUGGAACCCUCUUCUCCAGGAAAGACAGCUUCAUAACCCAUAGAGCAUUCUGUGAUGCAUUGGCGGAAGAGAGUGCAAGACUAUCAGCAAACCAAUUGGCCACAGGCAGCACAAACCCAUCAAUAAUCCAAACUUUUUUUCCCUUUCAAACCCAACAACAGUUCACAAACCCACCACAAACCCACAUGUCCCUCCAUCCCUGGGACCCACCACUACCCCAACAAAACCCUAACCCUAAUAGUAUUAAUACUAAUAGUAAUAAUAAUAAUAAUAAUCCCUCACAAAACCCACUACUACUUCAUCAAAUCAAGCCUGAAGAACAACUUGAACCUCACCAUUUCCACAUCCCACAAACUUACUUCCACAACCACAACCACAACCACAACCACCACCACCACAAGGCUUUGAUAAACUCACCCUUCCAAACCCUCUCAAACCCUGCCACAUCAGCGCACCUCUCAGCCACUGCACUUCUCCAAAAGGCUGCAACCGUUGGUUUAGCCUCAACAGCCAAUGCAGCCCAACAGGGUCAGUCAGUGGGUCACAUGAUAUCUUCAGCUGAGUUCGGAACACCGAGUCACCAUCAUCAUCAUCAUCAUCAAAUUCAAAUGGACCCAGUAGUGAGUCACAUGAUACCUUCCUCUUCCAACGAUCAGUACAAUAUCGCUGAUCAGUUCACGUCACGAAACCUCGCCACGUGGCACAAGACUGACCGUUUGACCAGGGAUUUUCUGGGUCUCACAGAUAUUGCUGGCAAUGGCAAUGUUACUACAGCUACAAAUACAACAAGUACUGGACAUGGACAUGGACAUGGACACGUUAACGUUAGCAUUAACGUGAAAAAUAUGCUAUCGUACACGGAUGGCGUAGGGUUCCCACACCAACAACAACAACAACAACAACAUUAUAAUGAGCGUGACCACACGUCGAUGUUGAACAUGAAGUCCCAAGGUUUUGGAUUGGCUGACCCUUCCUCGGAAACGUGGAGGGACUGUUAGAGAGGUAAAAACAUUGAAAGGGAAAGGCUAUAAGAGUAAUUUCACACAAAUUACUAGGCUCUUCUGUGAAAUGACAGAAGUAUCCUUCUACUUCUACUUCUACUUCUACUUCUAGCUAGAGGAAGUCUAUCAAGCAUAUGUCCAAGUUCUAUGCUUUUCAUUUGAUUAUUAUAUGGCUACUUUUUUUUGAUGAACAAUUAUAUAACUCCUUUGUUUUUGUU